GUAUUCUGGGUAAGGAGGAAAGGGCGAAUUCCUUGCCGAGACCUGGGUACCGCGCUCGCGACGGUUGAGCUGCGCUUGAGGGGUCGGGUGCUGAAAACAAGAUCGCGCGAUGGUUGUCUCCCCCGACUUAUACCAGCGGUCCAGAGAUGCCAGUAGACAUUAAGGAUGGGGUGUCGGUCGUCCUCCCGGAAGAUGGGGCGUGGACGGACCUUGAACCAGCAUAUCAAACCGUAAUGCUGGAAGAGAAGGACGCGUUCCUAUGGAUAGAGACGGUAAGGGCUAAUGUUAGCUUGACAAGGUUGUCGCCAAGUUUAAUAGAUUUGGAGUUCCGGGGAACGGUGGAAGCCCGAGGGUGGGUCUACUUGUCGCAAAAUGAGGAAAAUGCUAUGGUCAUAGGAUUGGCACUCGGGAGUACACCGGACGAGUUGUUUAGGAAGGCGGAAGCAAAGGUUGUGUGGGCUGCAUGUCAGCGAAGGCAGAUGGAAAUGGAAAAGGUAGAUGUGCGGGUGGAACUUGGGGAUAGAGGAAGCAUGAGGCGACCCGUAAGAACCAUGCGAUGUGUGUUGCCUCCCUUCCUAGUGGACGAGGUUUUUGGAACUCGGAGCAGGCUAGUGCGGAGAUGCCAGUCCAUGACGAACCUCGGGCUAUACCAAUGCGCUAGGCAUAAUUUUUUUCGGUUAUCAGUAGAGAUGGGACCGUUCGAGGGGAACUGGGCGGAGGAGCUGGCCGAGAUACUAAACUGCCUUAGCAUAGACAAUAUCUAUGUCUCUAGCCCUGUACAUUGGGGGAUAGUGUAUAGAAAUGUGGCAAUAGGAGAAGCAUUCCUGGAGGGGGUGAAAGAGUUGUUCUACGACGAAGAGGACGACUUCAGUGAUGAGGACGAGGAUGAGGAGAUAGAGGAUUGAGACUUCUAAGGAAGGGGACUUGACCUUGGAAAAACGGGUGGCCUGGUAUUGUGCAGGUAGGGAAAAG